CAUCUCUACUGGGCUUCUGUUUAGGACCAAAUGUGUGGUGGGUGAGGCACAGACAGAUGCUGAGCCCAGGACACUGAGGUGGGCUAUUCCUGGUGGCAGGAGGCUCUGGCUCCAGCAGGAGGUAGUGUCCUGCUCCACCUUGGGGUUUGGGGUGGCCUGUAGAUUUCUCUCCAGCUAAGGCCUGGAUGCCAAGUUCAACCAUCCCACUCUUCAGGUGAGGACUCUGAGGUGGGCUGUACUGGGCAGGGGGAGGUGGGCAAGGAAGUGCACACCUACCGCGGGGUCUGACGCCGGGACCCAGAAGAAAGGAGGUCAACAGAGUGGGCCCCUUCUAGAACGUGCAGCCCAGAACUUCUAGAACCUAUGCUCGGCCUGGUUUGGACAGCCACCUGGCCUUGCACCUGUCGCCCCUGUGGUCUUUCGCGAGCCGCAGCCCUGGACACGCUCCUCCCCCAGGUCCCCAAGGGCCAGAUCAGCGGCCUGCCCACUAUCUUCAGCGGGAACCACUUCCAGCUGUGGGCACUGGGUUGCUUCUGCACCGAGCGCCACCUGGCCAAGCGCCUCAAAAACAACAGCUUCUACCCGUUCUCGCGGCAGCAGCCCAACGUCUUCGUGCUCGAGUACUACCUGGACACGCUGUGGAAGGGGACGCUGCUUUUCGUCGUUUGCCUCGCACUAGUCAGCUGCGGCUUCCUGAGCAAGGUGCAGGACCAGGAGACCUGGGGCUUCCCCACGUACGGCGUGGGCGUGGGUCUGUGGCUUAUGGUCUCGUCGCUGCCGCGGCGCCGCCUGGUGCUGAACCACACGCGCGGCCUAUACCACUUCUCCAUCCAGGGCCGCACCGUGUAUCAGGGCCCCAUGCACCUGGUCUACGUGCGCCUGGCGCUCAGCUCUGACGCCUACGGAAGGUACUUCUUCCAGCUGGUCCUGUGCGGCCACAAGCUGGAACCGCUGGUGCUGGUGCAGCUGUCUGAGCACUACGAGCAAAUGGAAUUCCUGGGCCGUCGUAUCGCCCGGAAGCUCAACAUCAACUACUUCGACUACCUGACCACGUCCUACCGGCACGUGAUCCGCCACUGGCCGCUGGGGGCCACCUGCAGCCCAGGCGUUGUGCUUGGCAAGAACCGCACAUACGACAAGACCAACCGCUCUCUGUCCGACCUGGACGUGUGACAGCAUGUGCCUGCACCCUAGCCCUUACCCCACUCCCUUUUCCUCCACCCCCACCCAGCCCAUGAGCCCUUCCACCCCACCCUAGGGUGGACAGCGUGGUAGUCUCACCCACCGACCUCCCUUCCAUAAAGCUACCUUUCUGCUCUGGACCCAAGGUUGGGUCUCCCUCUGCUGGGGAUGGGGAUGGGAAGGGCUGCCCUCCAGGGUCUUCCCCUAGCACACACCUCUAAGGGCUUUAGGGAGCCUGUUCUGGGUGGCCUUUCCAGAUGGAAUACCGAUGUAGAGUGGGAACCAAGGGCAGUGGGGGUCUUAGAGGUUGGACUCACCAUGGGACAGGUGCAAGACCCAGUGCCCCUCUUAGCCACUAGUACUUCUCUCCUACCCUGGGCUCCCACCCACUCCCCUUGAAAUUGGUGGCCAGAACUGGGCCUACCAAGUGCACAGGCAUGACCAAUAAGUAGAGCUCUAGGAGUUGGAAUCUGAUUAGUCUAUGCUGGGUUAGGUGUCUGUUCCUUGUCCAAUCAGCAAUGGGAUGGGGCAGGGCCCUGGACAAGCCUCGUGCGUGGGGGUUCAUUCUGAGCUAGACACAUCCCAAAGUUGCUUCUGCCCAAACCCUAGGGUGUAGACUACCUAGAGAUGCAGGCCAGGGCACAAAGCCUGCUGGAUCCGUUGACUUGGGUGUCCAUGUUCCCUCACCUGAGGAGCUCCCCAAAUCUCACUCCAGCACCUGCAGCAGCCUGGGGGCCAGGACCUCCUGUGGGAGCAGGGAAGACAAUGGGCCACAGGGUCCAGGGAGUGGGUGGCAUCUGGCACAGUUAACUGACUCUCCCAGGUCAGCAUGGCCUCAGGGCCAGGCUGAUGACCAAGGCCAUCAGGGACUCAGUCAGCCGAGUGUCCCUAGAACCAGGACCAGCUACAUAAUUUGCCAGGCCCAAUGCAAAAUGAUAGUCUGGAGGCCCUUAUUCUCAAAUUGCCAAGAGUUUCAACACGGCUACAGCAGGGCAAUAACCAGGCAUGGGACUGGUUGGCUGCCCAGAUCAUACCCUGUAGCCUGUGACUGUGGCUCAGCAUCAGGGUCAACUCCAGGUCUAGAGGCUGGCCAGCCCCACGGGGGCACUAGCACUCUGCCUAUCUCUAGGGCAGGGCCUGGCUGUCACAAUUGCUGUAGGGACAAGGGCAGGACCCCGCCCCCCAGAAGAUGGGGGCCAGGGUGGCUACAGAGCGACAGAGCCCAGCUUCUACCAAAGGGGCAGUCUUGAGGUGGUGGUCAGGUGCCAGCGCCUGAAGAGUUGGGGCAGGUUGGAAAGCAGAGUGCAGCAGGUGGAGACAAGGAGUGUGAGGGGUGGGCCGAGGGUAUAGACUGGUUGGGUGACAACUGUGGGUGAGCCAGGCCUGGGAUGUCCAGGCUGCUGGUCGGCAUUGAUGGAGGUCUGAAGGGCACACACCACCCCCUUGGGCUCCGGGAGACUGCUCGGCUUGGCCAGCCGGGGCUCAUGCCUGACCACAUCUUGAAGGCACGGGAGCAGGAUUUGCUGGUGGGCUGCAAGGAGGAAAGCCGCUCAGGGUGUGCUGGCUUUCUGAUACCCAUAUCAGCUUGCACAUUCCUACCCUCCUGGGUGAUCUCGGUUUGCCGCAGUGAAAGUUCUAACAACUUUCAGCACCACAGACGCCACUGACGGGUCCUUACCAACAACAGCCAGUACCCUCCAGCCCCCAAACCUCUACUGCCCAACUCCUUGGACACUCCUGGCCUCAACUGCAGCAGUUUUGUGUUCUCCAGGAAGGAUAAUCUGAGCCAGAGUCUCCCACAGCGCCUGUAGGAUGGAGGAGGAGGAAGCAGGGUGAGCAGAGAGAGAAGCUAAGCUGGGUGCCAGGCCCGCUGGCCACAACCACCCAUCAGGAGCUCUGGAGUUGGAACAGCUGGUCAGAGAGGUCCUUCAUGGGGCCGAAGUGGCCAGAUCUUUGGCUCUUCCGUGCAUCAGUCAUUGCAGGACACGGGCCGCCCCUAGGAGGAUGUGGCCUUGGGCUAGACACUCUCCACAGCCUAGGUGUCCACUCUGAGCGCCCCAGCAGUGGGGCUAAAGUCCUUCCUGGGAGAGCAAGCAUGGACGUUGCCAUGGGGCCCAGAAAGAGGCCCCACAUCUGGGCUCUGGGCUGCCUGGGGUGGAGGAUGCGAAGGAAGUGCAGUAUUCAGGGCGGCAGGGCUCCUGUGAGAGUGGAAAGGUGAAGGGGCAACCAGAGAGGAGGCUGCUGAUGGCCACCAUGACCUUGGGCAGGGAUGGGGAUGGUGCCGGGGUGAGGGUGGGGAGGCUGUUCGUGUGGACACUCACAAGUCUCCCACAAAGGGGUGGAAAGCAGGAGGACAGACCUGGAGGGGUCUGGGUGUGAGGCUAUGGGCCAGGUGGGUGCCCAAGGAGGGGAGGGGGAAGCCCAUGCUGGGUAAGGAGCUGAGGGGUGGCUCUGCCCAAAGCAAGGAGGUGGCAGGCCCGACCACAUGUUCAGUGCCCCACCUGGCUGGGCCAACCCAGGGCAGCCACCCCCUAGCUGCCCACUUGCCUGGCCCUGGCUGCACUUCUCGCGUCUUUGCUUAUUUAUUAACAGAAAAAUGGGAUUUUACGAUAAGAUAUCUUGGGUUUGUCCAAAAGGAUGAGGGGAGGCAGUGAGGGUAGAGAGGAGAGCAGGCUGGCUAUGCGCUGGUCUGAGGGAGGGUGGGCACGGUGCCUAGGGGCACCUUACUGUGCUGUAGGUUUCAUAUUUUCUCCACUUUUGUGUAGUUUUGAUAUUUUCUAUAAUAUAUAUAUAUUUUUUAACCCUGAAACCCGUGUUUUGUUGUUUCAAUUUGUUUUUCUUUGGUUCCUCGUGAGGUGUCUCAUUUCUUGUGUGGAUUGUCUGGUAGCCCCUUGGGAGUCUCAGUAUUGUUUUCUUCUAUAAGUAAUUUCUCUUUAUAAUCAGAAUAUUAGCCCUUUGUUGUGUCCAGUUCACAUAUUUUCUAAUCUUUUGGUAUUGCCUCUGUUUUUGCUUGUCUCUUUUGUGUGGAAAUUUUCAGUUGUCUGGUGACCCAGGCUCCCUACCCCCAGCAGGGACGGGCUCUCUGGGCUGGCCUGACCGGCCAUUACCCAGCUACUCAGGCCCUGUCCCCAUGAGCUUCUCUACAUAGAAUAGGCAAUACCCUUUGGGAUACAGACCCAGCUCCGAGGCCUGCCCCCAGCCCUGGGGCUCUGCCCUUGUGCCUUACCACCAUGCUGCUGCCUCUCUCUCUGAGGUAGCUUUUUCUCUUCCACACUUCAGCACCCUUGCCCAGAGGUGAGUCUCCACUUCCCAGUUUCUCUCUACUGACUGCAGACCACGCCCCGCAACG